CCAGAAGAAGAAGAAAGAAAGAGAGGGAACAGAGAAUUUAAUCCAAAAACAAAGACGGCUUUGAAGCGUAUCUUUGCUUGUGAAUUCGGCUUUGAUUUUUUCUCUUUACUUUUCUCUUUCAAUCCAUAAAACGACGGAAAAUUAACAGAAACAGCUUUUCGUUAGCAGGAAAAAGGAAAAUAUUAUAAUCAUUUAUCAUUACUCUCUUUCUCCUUCUCCCUCUUUUUCUUUCUUUCAUUCUUUCUUUCUUGUUUCGAUCGGAUCUGAAGAACCAGCAAAUUCAGAGAAGCAGAAAGGCCAAAUAAUAAUAACAACUACAGUCAUAAAGUUGUUUCACUUUCUUCUCUUCCUCUGAGAUGUGUUUUUGGGCUUUUGGGUUCUCUCAUUACUGAUUCUUUUUCACAGUCAUGCAAGAUUGCUUCUUCUGCAUUGUCUUCUCUCUUGUUUAAUCAGUUCCUUGAUUUUAGAUAUAAACAAAGUUUGAUUUGAAGAUUCUGCCAUUAAUGGCUUGGUUGUCAUUCCUUGCUUCGUGUCUAAAGAUUGUUGUGCUUGAUUGGAUUUUGGUGUCAUAGAACUGCUGUGAAGUUGCUUCAUGGAGUCAUUUGGUAAUGGAGUUGAUUCUUCAUCAAAGACUCAGAAUUCAACUUCUGUAGGGAAUAAUCCUCCAGCCACAUCAGUGGAUCCUUGCCGUUCUCAGCCUCCAUCUGUAAAACAACCUGCAAAUGGUUCUGCGUCAAAUGAGAAGCAUUCCUACAAAAUGGAACAUGAUCCUAUGCAAUACAAAGAAUUGCCUGAUAUGGCCAAAUACUUCUAUAGUCCGCAUGAUGACAAGUCCAAAUUUGUGGGCUCAAGUGAAGUUCCUAAUCAAUCAGCAGAGAAAGUUUCGAUGGUACGAGCAAAAUCUUUUAUCAAGAAUCCUGUUGAUGAUCCUGAUUUUUCCAAUUCAAGUGGCUCACUUGAAUCUGAAAGUAUUGUCUCAAGUUCAUGUGGAGGAGAUGUUCGGAUGCUGAGUAACAACAAAGCAUAUCAAUCGGCUAUAAGCUUUUGUUCAAGUCCUUCAAACAGUGUCUACACCGCCACUCUUUAUGCAGAAGCAAAACAAAGUUUCACCAACACAGAAGUAAGUGAAGAAGCAAGCUGUAUUGAGAAACCAGGUGAAAGUGGUGAUGUAAGUAACGCCUAUGAUGUUGAGAGCAGGAAGACAAGUGUAUACAGAGGCAGCACAGAUAGUGAUGUUAGUGAUGAAAGAAGCUCUGGUAGUUUAACUAGUGCCUCGUACAAGCCCCACAAAGCAAAUGAUAUAAGAUGGGAAGCAAUUCAAGCUGUCCAAUCUCGUGAGGGAGCAUUGGGGCUGAAUCACUUUAAGUUGUUGAGGCAACUGGGAUGUGGAGACAUAGGCAAUGUUUAUCUAUCAGAGUUGACAGGUACAAGAACUUAUUUUGCUAUGAAAGUUAUGCAGAAAGCUACUUUAACAGCUCGGAAGAAGCUUCCAAGGGCUCAAACUGAAAGAGAGAUAUUGCAAUCUCUGGAUCAUCCAUUUCUACCCACUUUGUAUGCACACUUUGAGACUGAAAAGUUCUCUUGCUUGGUUAUGGAGUUCUGCCCUGGAGGAGACCUGCAUGCACUCAGGCAAAGACAGCCUGGGAAGUGUUUUCCAGAGCAUGCUGCCCGGUUUUAUGUUGCAGAAGUUCUCCUUGCUUUGGAGUACCUGCACAUGCUUGGUAUCAUUUACAGAGACCUUAAACCAGAGAAUGUUUUGGUGAGAGAAGAUGGGCACAUAAUGCUUUCAGAUUUUGACCUCUCUUUAAGAUGUGCUGUCUGCCCUACACUGGUCAAAUCAUCACACUCAACCAUGGAGUCGAAAAAUCCAGCAUAUUGUGCACAGCCUGCUUGCAUUGAGCCAACUUGUGUAAUGCAGCCGGAUUGCAUCCAACCAGCAUGUUUUGGACCACGCUUCUUGUCAAGAAAGGGCAAGAAAGAUAAAAAAGCUAAGCCAAAUAAUGAGACAAAUCAUCAAGUAAGCCCUCUCCCUGAGCUGAUUGCUGAACCCACAAAUGCUAGAUCAAUGUCCUUCGUGGGCACGCACGAGUACUUGGCACCUGAAAUUAUUAAAGGUGAGGGCCAUGGCAGUGCUGUCGAUUGGUGGACAUUUGGCAUCUUCCUUUAUGAACUUUUGUUUGGCAAAACUCCUUUCAAAGGGGCAGGAAACCGAGCUACACUCUUUAAUGUAAUUGGCCAUCCGUUAAGAUUUCCAGAAUCACCUCCUGUGAGUUUUGCUGCUAGGGACUUGAUCAGAGGUUUACUCGUAAAAGAACCACAGCAUCGUCUUGCCUAUAGGAGAGGAGCUACUGAAAUAAAACAACAUCCAUUCUUUCAGAGUGUGAAUUGGGCACUCAUUCGUUGCACAAAUCCCCCAGAGGUGCCAAGACAUGCAAUGAUGGAUAUUCUUAUGAGAGCUGAUGUGCCAAAAGCACCCACAGUUGCUAAUGUACCAGGUGUAGAUGUGAAGCCUUCAGGUAAUUAUCUAGAGAUUGAUUUCUUUUGACUUCUAAGAUCUUCAGACGAGCUUUCUAUGCCAUCACGUGUGUUGUGCUUCAAUGGUUCUUCUUCCAUUGCUAGGGGUUUGUUCCCCUUGACAGGCAGAUGUAAAAUUCUCCUUCAGACAAGAAUGAUAAACAACAGUGAGGAAAAAGCAAAUGCAAUUAACUAAGGAAUGAAGUUGAUGUUCUUCCAUUUCUGUCAAAAACUAUUGCCUCUUGUCAUUUCCACUCAAUGUUUAGUUUCUUAUUAUCCAUAAGCAUUGAUUUUUCUUA